AUGGGUGACAUCUCUGCUAAUCAUCAACAGGUGGCUGACAGUCUCUCAUCUUCAUCGUUAUAUCAAGACAUCACCAACGAAACGGAACUCACUCAAUCCUUUGAGCUAGUAUCUACCUCGACACAAGACAGUAGUGGUGAUAUUCGGUCUCGGAUAAUUUUCAUAUCUACGGAGAAGCCUACCAGGCUAACGUUCGUGAACAACGCCCUCCAUGAGGCAGAUGGCGAGUCCUCUGUCGAUAAACGGCCCAUGGGAGAUGCUGGGAAAUCUGGCCACAGGACGAAGAGGCGAAUGCAACGUCGAGGUACAAAAUACGGUGAUGAAGGCGAGGAUGAUAAGGGCAAAGGAAAACUCCCUCCAUCGGACGGUCUCCGGUAUCCUCCUCAAGGUCCCACAGCUAGGAAACGGUUUGAAUGUCCGUUCCACAAACAUUAUCCGGAUUGGUACUACAUGUGCAAGGGGAAAUGUAUGCCUCGCAUAUCGGAUGUCACAAAUCAUCUCAAGCGGCGACAUCUACUGAAAGUGGCCAUGGAUCUGGGAACGGACACUCGUUCGCAGGAUAUUGUGGAUUAUUGCCCUCGGUGUCGUAUCGAGUUCCGUGGCUUUGGAGCCGAGGGUAGACUCCGUGAUCAUUUGACGCAAGGAGGUAGAUGUCAGGAAGCCAAUAUUGGACAGACCGGGGUAAUUUUGCUAUCCGAGUUUGAAGAGCUUAAAAGAGAACUUCGUUCGGCAUCUAAUGAGGUUGCCAAGUGGUUUAUUAUAUGGCGGAAAUGUUUCUUAAAGACAGCACCACCAUCAUCUCCAUACGUUGAAACCACUGUCCCCCAGACGCACACCUCUGGACUUUCAUCAGUCAAUUAUUCAAUGGCUGGUGAUGAUAUCAGAUCAUUCACCACCCAAAGCACUCACACCGACUCACUGCUCACCAUGAACGAACCCCGUAUCGACGCUCCGAUACAGGAGCAACCAGCUCCAUCGCUCUAUAGUACUCCUGCAUACACAGCAUCUCAAGAUUACAACUCCACCAUGCCUCAACUGCCUUUCAUGCUUACCUCCAGCUCUGAUAAUCUUUACUGGACUGGGCUGGAGCUGAUCGGGAGCCAAGCUGGACAAGAAUUUUUAACAAUGGAUCACAGCUUCCAUACCUCUAUUGCGGUUCCGGAAGCAGGAAAUCUUGAAUUGGUCGACUUGGUUCCAAAUGGAGAUGAUUUGUAUCAAUAUGACUUCCAUCCAGAUCUGAGCGGCAAUGGCCAAGAUCACCCACAAAACUAG